AAACAACAACAAAAAACGGUUGUGCGUUAAAAUGUAAAAUCAGCCGCUUAUAAAAAGUCGUGGCCUAAUGGUUAGAGAGUUGGACUUGUAACCCAAAAGUCGUGGGUUCGAGUCUCAGGUCCAACAGGGAUUGUAGGUGGGGGAGUGAAUGUCCAGCGCUCUCUCCACCCUCAAUACCACGACUGAGGUGCCCUUGUGCAAUGCACCGAACCCCCAACUGCUCCCCAGGUGCCGCAAAAUAAAAAAUGGCUGCCCACUGCUCCGGGUGUGUGUUCACAGUCACGUCACACUUCUUCAUACAGAAUAACAUUUCUAAUAAUUCUCCACUGAAUCAUGUGAUCUGUUGAGCACUGUCCAUUUACUUCCACAUGUGCGAGUGUUAGUCAGAGCGCGUUCACUCUCUAGAUCUUCUCAAUUAAAAUCGAGUGAAAUGUUUUCUACACAUGAAAUAUGAAAGCAAAUAGACAUGAUUAUGAUGAUAUAUUUUCUGUAUGUGAUUUGUAUGCAGCUCAUGGUAUUUUUAUAGCAAUAAAGGAUGUUUAUGACAAAUAUUAGCUGUGUAGUGUUAUUAAACGUACAAAGAGUGCAUAUGUCUGCUUAUUAUAGAAUCAAAAUCAUCUAUAGAUCACAAUUGGAACAGUCGAUGAUGGUUUAAAGUGGGCCUGAUGAAAGUGAAAGAAGAACAAGAUCUGAAUGAAGUAGAGGAGAAGCAUCAGGAUCAGAAAGAUCAUGAUUCCACCACUGGAGAAAAAUCAGUGAGUUGCUCCAAAACUGAAAACCGUUGCUCACAAAGCAACAUUCAAAUAACAGAAGUCAAAAGGCCUUUCAGCUGCUCUCAGUGUGGAAACUCAUUCACGCGUAAAAAAUACCUUAAGGAUCACAUGAGAAUUCAUACUAGAAUAAAGACUUUCACCUGCUCUGAGUGUGGAAACACUUUCAGCCAUAGAGGAAGCCUUUGGAAUCACAUGCAAAUUCAUACUGGAAUGAAACCUUUCACCUGCUCUGAGUGUGGGAAGAGUUUCAAACAGAAAAGAAACCUUGACGAACACAUGAUGAAUGUUCACACUGGAAAAAGGCCUUUCACCUGCUCCGAGUGUGGAAAUACUUUCAAACGCAAAGGAAGCCUUAACAAUCACAUGUUAAAUCAUACGGGGAAAAAGCCUUUCACCUGCCCUCAGUGUGGAAACACGUUCAGCCAUAAUGGAAGCCUUUGGAAUCACAUGAAAAUACAUACUCGAAUAAAGUCUUUCAGCUGCUCCCAGUGUGGAAAGAGUUUCACACAGAAAAUAAAUCUUAAUGAGCAUAUGCUAAUUCACACUUCAGAAAAGAAAUUCACCUGUCCUCAGUGUGGAAAGACUUUUACUUGUAAAGGAAGCCUGAAGACUCACAUGUUAAUUCAUGCUGGAAUAAAGCCUUUUACCUGCUCUCAGUGUGGGAAGAGUUUUAGAUAUAAAGGAUGCCUUAGGGAUCAUUUGGUAACUCACACUUCAGAAAAGCAUUUCACCUGCUCCCAGUGUGGAAAGUCUUUGUCACGUAGAGGAAGCCUGAAGAAUCACAUGUUAAUUCAUACUGGAAUAAAGCCUUUCGUCUGCUCUCAGUGUGGAAAGAGUUUUACACGGAAAAUACAACUCAAUGAGCAUGUUCAUAUUCACAGCUCAGAAAAGCCUUUCAGCUGCUCUCAGUGUGGAAAGACAUUGUCACGUAAAGAAACCCUUAAGAAUCACAUGUUAAUUCAUGCUGGAAUAAAGCCUUUCACCUGCUCCCAAUGUGGAAAGAGUUUCACACAAAAAAAACAACUUAAUGUGCAUGUGCGUAUUCACACUUCAGAAAAGUCUUCAGAAAAUACUUUCACAUGUAAAAGAAGCCUUGAGAUAGAGUUGGACUGAUAGACGAUGCCAUCGUUCAUUGCUGAUGGCUGACAGACUUCAUGAUGUUGAGCUGGCAUCGUGAUUCCUCUCCCCACCCCAUCUCCCGCAAUCUGCUGCAUCCCAAUACUGUGUUCAGGAAGGAAGUGGCGUGUCCUAUGGAACACCUAAAGAGAAUAAAUACGAGAUGGGAGGAAAAAAAAAUAUAUAUAUAUAUUAUUUCUCUCGCAAUUAUAUCAUUGGGUAAUUAUACUAUAUAUAAAUUGUGAGCAUCAGGGAGCCGUGAAAUAGUUUUUGAAUGUGUGCUUGCUUUUUACUUUCAAUUUCAAGAUUUGCGCUCACACAUGCUCAGUGUUUACUACAGAGCGGCAGUAUUUACCACACCUUUUACAAGAUUAGAUGUUUGUCAGAGAUGCUCGGGAUCUUCAAAUCAUUCACCUUCAUCCUCAGUCAUCUCUCAUUACUCUGUUUAGGUGGUAAGUGAAAUCAUAUGCACUGUAAUGUAACAGGCUACCUACCGCUAGCAAGCAGCUAACCAAGUCCCUUUAGUGGCUCCGUAGAACAUGUUUGGUAACAAUUUAUUUUAAGGUGUCCAUAAUACAGAGUAAUUACAUAGUUAAGUACUUGGUGGUAGCCAUUGUACUUGCAUGAAACAAAAUGUACUUACCAUGUAACUAAUUUAUGGAACAACCUGUACCUAUAGUUUGUAAUUAUGUACAUGUAAUAGGCAGCUACUGUUACGCAUAUGUAACAGACCGAGUCUGUUACACAGCUACUUAUGUAACCAAAAGAUUAUGUUGCAGACAUUAUACAAUGUAAUUAUAAAUGUAAGUACACAGACAUAAGCUACUUAAAAUAAAGUGUAUCAGGACUGUACUUAAUUGUACUUCGUGUAUCUAUAUUGUACACCUUAUCUAUCUGCACCUUGCAGGGCUUAAAGUUCUCCGGCACCAUGCCGGAUCUCCGGCGUGCAGCGUUUGGCUGCGAAAAAAAAAAACAUGUUGAUAUCACUGUCGACAGUGUCGAGUCCAUGAGUUUGCCUACCAAUGGUAUGAGAGGAGCACAGCUUUCACUCAACCAAACUAACAUUACUAGCCAGUAGCCAAUCAGAAUUUUUUGCUCUUAUAAACAUGAGACGCAAAAAACAAAAAAAACAACACGAGACGAGCCUAAUAGUAGGCAGAGUCGCAGUUCUGAUGAAUGGAGAAGUGCGACAAAAAGCUGUGAGGCGCGAUGGUCAAAGUCCAUCUAGCGCAUAUUUACAUGGAAAAACUAAUUAAAAAGCAGCGGAGCUUUGGAAACAGCUCAGAGUAAUCAUGUCAUCUCCAUAAGAACGAUAUGAUUGCCAGAACAAAUUUACCGAGCUUUUUGAAAAGGUCCUGUUCACAUGAUCUCUUAAUGGUAAAUUUUCCGGUAAUUUACGAGUAAGUUAAAGACUGUAUGUGUGAAAAGGGCUAAACUCUUCCUCUAUAUGCUGUGAGAAUUGCUUAAAGUUCAUCUGGGAAAACAAUGUGCAUUAUCUCACUAUAGAUUUGUAACGUAAAUCAUUUAUAAACCUUUGCCAACACAGGAGAAUACGUCAGCCUAUGUCUAAAUGCCAUGUUGUACAUCGCAAUUUCAAAAUAAGUUUCUGCAUGUGGCCAAAUAUUAAAAUUUAUUGGAUUAAAACAUUGUUUAAUCAUGGUGGCCGUUGGCGCCCUCUGCAGGUAUUUGGUUAUAAUUUACUUAAGUUGGUUAUGUUCAUAUGUAUAGGCAUAUUACAUUAUGUAGCCUAUUUUAACGGUGUUGUUCAAUAAAACCAUGUAAUUACUUGGUUUUGAUAUCUUAUUUGAGCCAAUUAUUAUUGCCUCAUCGUUAGUUUAUAUAUAAAUAAUCAUACUACAGCCUGGUUUUCACUUAGGUCUGUUUGUGUUAAUAAAAAUAUCAGAUUACUCGAUUGUCAAAAUAAUCAAUAGAUUACUUGAUUACCAAAAUAAUCAUUAGUUACAGCCAUAGAUUAGUUAAAAUAUUUCAAAAUAAAACUGUAUUUUUACUUUUUGUAAUUAAAAGACAUAUUUUGUCAUUGAAAAUUUCUUAAAAAUAGCAUUCAAAUGGUCUCAUUCUAGUGAACCAAUUAUCUGUAUUUUGUCUCAUCUCGUGAUCUAAAUAUAUUGUCACACCCCUAGUGUUGAUAAGCGGUGAUAUAGCUCAUAAUUUUCCAAGUGUAUGAUAUAGCUUUCAUUCUUCAGGUCAACUACGAAAAAAAAAAAAUCAGUUUCAAUAAGGCAAGCAAUAACUUUGCCAUAGUAUCCUUUCAAAUGUUUAAGUUGCAACAGUCAUUGCAUGCUUUGCAUGUGCUGCCCCCUCCCCCCGCCCCCGGGAAAAAGUUCAGGCUCAGGAUUUUUUUUUUGCUUUAACCCCUGACCUUGGUUUGAUUUUAUCCACCAGUACACAACUAAAAUACAUGUAAUACCUUUCUAAUUACAUAUUACACAAACAUAAGCUACUUAAAAUAAAGUGUAUCAAGAUUGUACUUAAGUGUACUAGUAGCUGCAUAACAGACUCAGCCUGUUACAUACGUGUAACAGUAGCUGCCUAUUACAGCUACAUAAUUACAAACUGUAAUUACAGGCUGUUCCAUAACUUAGUUACAUGGUAAGUACAUUUUCACAACCAUGUUCACAUAUCGCUUCCUUUUUGUAUGAUUAAGCUUUAGUUGGCAUCUGCAGAUGGCACGCCGGAUUGUGUUUACCGACAGUGGUUUCUGGAAGUAUUCCUGGGCCCAUUUAGUAAUGUCAAUGACAGAAUCAUGUCGAUGAGUGAUGCAGUGUCAUCUGAAGACCACGGGCACCCAACAAAGGUCUUCGGCCUUGUCCCUUACGCACAGAAAUUUCUCCAAUUUCUCUGAAUCUUUUGAUGAUGUUAUGCACUGUAGAUGAUUAGAUUUGCAAAGCCUUUGCAAUUUGACGUUGAGGAACGUUGUUAUUAAAGUAUUCCACAAUCUUUUUACGCACUCUUUCACAGAUUGGAGAGUCUCUGCCCAUCUUUACUUCUGAGACACUCUGCCUCUCUAAGACAUCCUUUUUACAGUUAAUCAUGUUACAGACCUGAUGUCAAUUAACUUAAUUAGUUGCUAGAUGUUCUCCCAGCUGAAUCUUUUCAAUAUUUCUUGCUUUCUCAGCCCUUUGGUUCCCCCGUCCCAACUUUUUUGAGACCUGUAGCAGGCAUCAAAUUUGAAAUGGGAUCAUUUAGUGGAUAAAAAUGUAAAAUUUAUCCGUUUAAACAUUUGUUAUGUUCUCUAUGUUCUAUUGUGAAUAAAAUAUUGGCUCAUGUGAUUUGAAAGUCUUUUAGUUUUCAUUUUAUUGAAAUUUAAAAAAUGUCCCAACAUUUCCGGAAUUUGGGUUGUAUUUGAAAUACAAAAUACUAUCGUGUAAAAGUAUCUUUUGAAAAAAAUCUAAUGUAUUUUGUAUUUAAGUAUAUUUAAUCAUAAUAUUUUUGUAUUUUCAAAAUACAUAAAAUACUUUUUGCCAAUCAUCCUCUUUAUUAGACUGCUUAUUUCCUGUAUCAACUAGUUCAAACCUCAAACACGCCACUUUCAUGCAUGUGAGCUGCAGCUGUAUGACUCCAUUUAUAAUUGGGUAAUUACAUUUUCUGGAUUCUUGUAAGGAAAUAAGGAAUACUACUGCCUUUGUGUGCCAUCAAAAUUUCCUACUUCCAAUUUCAGAAGUCCUGAUUACAAGCAUGUCACAUUCCAGUGCUUUGCUGUUGGAUAGAAUAGGAAUCGUGGAGGAUGCCAGAUUUCCUGGAAAAAUCUUAUUUAAGCCAAAAUCGUAGAUAUUUAAGAUAUUUAAUUUUGAAUGAAAUGUAGCAUCCCAUUUGUUGACAACUAUAUCAUCAUUCACAGUGCUUAUAGUUAGGUUGUUGAUGAUUCUGGAUUUACAGUCAAAUACAUGCUGUUUUGCUGUGUAUAAACCAUACAGAAUGCUUGAAAUGGUUAUUGCACUACUAUGUGCAUGACUUCAACGUUAAAACAAGGUGAUCUUGCUUUUUUGGGAAACAAGCAUACCUGGCUAUCCCAGCAGGUAAAAAAAGAGCACUAGCAAGGGGAACAUAGC